GCGCUUGUCAAAAUAAGCUAAGUUAGCAGGAGUACAAAGGCUAGUAGGUGCCACUGUUUGUUUCGAAAAUAGAACAAACGCUUUGCAACAUGUUUUAAAUAUGUAUCGAUAGAACUGGGGAUAUCUGUUAUCCGGUGAAUGGUUAUUGUAGGUUAACGUAGGUAACGUUGGAUUUGUGGGGUAAUGUUCACGUUAUUCAGUUACAGCUAGCACAUAGGGUGGCUAACUUCACUUAUAAGGUAACCGUAGCUAGCUAGCUAACGUUGCAAACGUAAGCAAAAGAGCACUACUCGAUCUCGUCUUAGAAAAAAGCCGUGCAUCUUGGUUAGCGACCGGUAAUUAGUUGUUUAAGCGUCUACAUUUCACUGGGGAAUAUAUAAAAAGUUAGAGAUAAUGCACCACGUCAAGAUCAAGACUGAAAGGCCAGAUGUAGAGGGGACUGGAGCACGCAGCCGGUUGGAUGCUGUACUAAAGGGGCUUGUAGAGAAGAGUGAAACGGAAAGGGAGACAAAUGAGGACGACCCGAGAAAAAUAUUAGCAGAUUCUUUAAACAAGGAUUUGUCUCCAUCAUCUGCUGGGAAAAGACCCUCAACUCGAUUCCCGCAGCACCGGAGGAAGAAGCGAAAGGAGAUGGAAGAGGGCUUACCUGAGACUAACCAGCAUAAACAAAAUGCUUACAUUAUUAAGCUGUUUGAUCGCAGUGUUGAUUUAGCUCAGUUUAACACAAGCACCCCGCUGUAUCCAAUCUGUCGUGCCUGGAUGAGAAACAAUCCUUCUGUUAGAGAGCCAGUUGCUUCCCCGAGCUCCCCACACAGCAUGACGGAGGAAGAGGUUACAGACAUGAUGAACGGUAAAGGUCAGAAUGUCUACAGACUACCUCCUCCAACUUCAAGUCCAGUUAGCCAAUCUGGGGAACUCCUCAAUCUCAGGAUCCCACAGACUGAAAAACCCACUGUUUCCAAGUUAUAUGAUGUUGCUGUACCAGGACCUCUAAUCGGUGACCACAUGGAACGCUGGAAAAAGAUCAGGCAAAAAUGGAAGGAGUGUUCCAACAAGAACCAGUUAAGAUACAGUGAGAGCAUCAGGAUCCUGAAGGAAAUGAAGGACCUCUAUGAUCACUAACUGGGUGCCUUGAAGAUCCCUAGUACAGAAUGGGCUUUCUUCAGCUGGAAAGGAGCUGUUGUUUUGUAGUUUGAAUCCAGCUGUUUUCUACAGUAUAUUCUUGCCAUUACUUCUGAGGUAAUGUUGUAUAGUUCAAUGUGGGACUCUGUUUAUGAAAAGUGUAUGUUGUAAAUAUCUGAAUAAAUAAAGAAUUCUGUA